AUGCCAUCUUUUAACCAGAGCAUUUUCCACCCUACUGCCUUCUUCCUUACUGGCAUCCCUGGCCUUGAAAACUCUCACGUCUGGAUCUCCAUCCCAUUCUGUUGUCUCUAUGCCAUGGCCAUCUCUGGGAACAGCAUGAUCCUUUUUGUCAUCAUCACUGACUCAAGCCUCCAUGAGCCAAUGUAUUAUUUCCUCUCCAUGUUGUCCUUCACUGACCUGGGUCUGUGUCUUUCUACAUUGGUUACCAUGCUAGGUGUUUUCUGGUUUAAUGCUCGAGAAAUCAGCUUUGAUGCCUGCAUUGGCCAAAUGUUCUUCAUUCAUGGCUUUACAUUCAUGGAAUCCUCUGUACUCCUGGCAAUGGCCUUUGACCGCUUCAUUGCCAUCUGUAACCCACUGAGAUAUGCCACAAUCUUAACCAACUCACGGAUCAUCAAAGUGGGCUUUGCAAUCAUUAUUAGGGGGACAACAGCUCUAGUGCCUUUACUCUUGCUCCUUAAGCGACUGUCCUUCUGCCGAAGUCAUGUGCUCCAUCAUUCAUACUGUUUCCAUCCUGAUGUGAUGAAGCUCUCAUGUUCAGACACCAGGAUCAACAGCGCAUUUGGCCUCACCAUUGUCAUCUCUACGGCUGGCUUGGACUCUGUUUUGAUCCUCCUCUCCUAUGUUCUGAUCAUCCACUCUGUGCUCAGCAUUGCCUCCCCUGAGGAACGGAAAAAGGCAUUCGGUACUUGUGUCUCACACAUAAGUGCUGUUGCCAUCUUCUACAUCCCCAUGAUCAGCUUGUCACUGGUACAUAGGUUUGGGAAGCAUGCCCCUCCCCUUGUGCACACUCUUAUUGCCAAUGUUUAUCUGCUCAUCCCUCCUGUAAUGAAUCCCAUCAUCUACAGUGUAAAGACCAAGCAAAUUCGCAAGGCUGUGCUCAAAGUAUUCUUCUUAAACUAA